UAAAAAGGCAGUGUGCUGAUACUUGCAGGUUAUAACAAGCAGUUGGAGGAGUCAGGUUUUACUUCUCUGAGGAUAAAAAUAUGGCUGGAAUGGGCGAUAGUGACUUAGAUAAAACAACCAGUAUUCAGCAAGCAAUAGCAUCUUGUUUUGGAGCUAUGAUUACCUCAUUUUUUGUAGCUCCUCUUGACGUUGUCAAAAUUCGGCUGCAAGCCCAAAGCAAUCCAUUCUCCAAAGGAAAGUGUUUUGUAUACUCCAAUGGCCUUAUGGAUCAUAUAUAUGUUUGUGAGAAUGGGGACAGCAAAGCCUGGUAUAAAAAACCUGGGCAUUUCAAAGGGACCUUGGAUGCAUUUGUGAAAAUCAUUCAAAUAGAAGGAAUUAAAUCACUGUGGAGUGGACUUGCCCCGACACUAAUAAUGGCACUUCCUACCACAGUAAUUUAUUUCACAUGUUAUGACCAACUGAGUGAAGCUCUGAAAUCUAGACUAGGAAAAGAUAAUGACCACAUUCCAGUUCUUGCAGGCUCAUUAAGUAGAUUUGGUUCAGUUACUGUAGUGAGUCCCCUGGAGCUGAUCAGAACGAGAAUGCAGUCUCGCCAGUUGUCCUACAAGCAACUGUACAUGUGCAUCAGCAAUGAAGUAGCUAGAGAUGGGUGGCUUUCACUGUGGAGAGGCUGGAGUUCUACUGUCCUUAGAGAUGUACCUUUCUCAGCAAUAUAUUGGUAUAAUUAUGAACAUUUCAAGAAGAUGAUGUGCAAGAAAGUUGGUACGCAUGAAUCAACAUUUUUUAUUGCUUUUACUUCAGGAGCAGCAUCUGGCUCUAUUGCAGCUGUUAUAACUCUGCCAUUUGAUGUAGUGAAAACACGUAGGCAGACUGAACUGUGGGAGAGUGAGACCUUAAAAAUUCCACAGAGGAAUGGUACAUCUACAUGGGCAGUUAUGAAGAAAAUUGUUGCUAAAAAUGGAAUUACUGGAUUGUUUGCUGGUAUCAUUCCACGGUUGGUUAAGGUUGCUCCUGCUUGUGCCAUAAUGAUCAGCACGUAUGAAUAUGGAAAGUCUUUCUUUCGUCAUUUAAAUGAAAAAAAGAACCAGCGUCCUUAAUUCUCCUUCACUUGGUUAUGUGCAGUCAAAAUAUAUGAUGCAAGUUGUGCCAAAUUUGACUCUAUCUAAGUGAAUACUAAAAUUCCAAGUGAAUUGCAGCCAUUGCAUUUGGUAACUAAAUACAACUUCAUUUUCUUAAUUAUUUCACAAAGUAUAAAUUCAAGGCUUUUUGGUUAAGACUAAGAAAAUGUGCUAGCCCUGAAAGCAUUGUUCAAAAUUUUGUGACUUCUUCUGUGGCUAGAGAAAAAAAA